CACUCCGGUUUAUGCUUCUUGUGUUUCUUCCCCAUUUCGCAAUAUUUACACUCAAAACGUGGGUUUAUUCAGUCUGCUUAGCAGGCGUUAUCGUUAGCAUUGGACAUAGCAUAACGCUGCCGCUAACCGGAAAUGAGGACAGACAAAAUGUGUUUAGUAUUUCCGGUUCAGAAAACAGCGCGCUGAGUUCGAGCCUUUUGAAAUCGUCGGAUCAUCUUCUACUCGAUAAACGUCAGCCUCGCGUCUAUAAAAGAAUGGAAAGUGACAACAUGGAUGCGGGAAACCAAAAAACGAUACAUGUGGAGGUCCAUGUUAAAUCCCAAAGCCCAGCUAAACUGUCUGAGGUGAGGAUGCAUGUCCAGGCUCUGCUAAGUCGCCACAGCAUUGUGUUCGGAAACUACAAGUGGACGGAGUUUGAUGACAGUUUCCUAUGCACUCAUGUGGAAUCUGUGGUUAUGGUUGACUGGGAGGAAAUGCCAACACAGCCCCUUGAUUUGAAAAGAUGCGGAGUUUCCGUUCACAUCUUCACCCUGAGUGAGGAUGGGCCGAGUACGCUCAGUUUGGAGGAGGAUGAGGAGCUGUCAGCGGCCAACCACUGGUUGCUUCCAGCAGCUGAUUUCCAUGGUAUUUGGGAGAGUCUGGUGUAUGACAGUGGGGUCAAAACUCAGUUACUGGAUUAUGUCACAACAACGAUUUACUUCUCAGACAAAAAUGUCGACAGCAACCUGAUUUCGUGGAAUCGUGUGGUGCUGCUCCAUGGCCCCCCAGGCACUGGGAAAACAUCCUUAUGCAAAGCUCUUGCCCAGAAGCUGUCAAUCAGACUGUCAAGUCGGUACACGUAUGGACAGUUUGUGGAAAUAAACAGCCAUAGCUUGUUCUCAAAGUGGUUCUCAGAGAGCGGCAAACUGGUCACAAAGAUGUUUCAGAAGAUUCAGCAGCUUAUUGAUGACAAAGAUGCUCUUGUGUUUGUUCUCAUUGAUGAGGUGGAGAGUCUGACAGCAGCAAGGAACGCCUGCCAGGCGGGAACGGAACCAUCUGAUGCCAUUCGCGUGGUCAACGCUGUCCUCACUCAGCUGGACCAAAUCAAACGACAUUCCAACGUGGUGAUCCUGACUACCUCCAAUGUGACUGAAAAGAUCGACUUGGCCUUUGUGGACAGAGCGGACAUCAAGCAGUAUAUUGGACCUCCGUCUGAGAGGGGCAUCUACAACAUCUUUCUUUCCAGCCUUGAGGAGCUCAUGAAAUGUCAAAUCAUUUACCCGCGGCAGCCACUCUUCACCAUCUUUGAGCUGGAGACCAUGGGCUUUGCAAAGAGUGAGGUAUCUGAACAUAGUCUGACCCUGAGGAACAUCGCCCUAAAAAGCAAAGGUCUGAGUGGAAGAGCUCUGAGGAAAUUACCCUUUCUAGCUCAUGCACUCUUCGUGAAGACGCCCAAAGUGACUUUGGAAAGGUUUCUAAAGGCCAUGGACCAAGCGGUGGAUAAGCAGAAGGAGGAAAAAGCUAACCUAGCGAAUGGUGUCUGAAACAUUUGUAGCCUACAAGCUUCAUAUGGUUUUGUAAGGCAUCAUCAGAUCAAGCGGUUUCUCUUCCAGUCGGGAACUGUUUAAGAUACCUGAUGCUAAGCGUUAGCCUAUACAGCAGAUCUUCGUUUCACGGCAGGGUUCCAUUGCAACAGCGGUGAAGUAACAUCAAUUUGUAGUCUGAACAUGUUAUUGUCUAUCCUUAAUAUAGUAGUUGAUUCAAUAUUUGUAUGAAAAACACUUAUUAGCCAUAAAUGGAAAACAGUAUGGCGGUAACAGCCUUCUUCUGCCGCAGUGCUACUCCGAUUCGUAACCUUGAAACGCCGUAUGUUGGCACGAUAAACCGAGGACCUCGUUGAACUGUUUGUCCAAUGCAGCAUUUUAACUGCGACAUUGACCACAACUGCUUUCUUUGUUUGAAUUUUUUUUACAUGGUUAUUUCAUAUGUAACUUAAAUCUGAUGGAUGUAGUCAUUACAGUGUACAGACUUGAGCAGCAAAUUAAGAAAAUCCAAAUAUUUCCAGAAAAUAUUGAAUGAUAGCGUUAACAUACUUAUUUGUUAGUUUUUAAAAAGGGGUGUUCGAUCCAUAUUUAUGCCAACAAAUAAUGUUUGCACUGUUUACAGGAGAUUGUACCUACCUGUAAUGCAAAUAAACAAUU